ACAUGACUGGUGACCUACCAGAAUUUCGUCUGAACUUUAAUGAACACGGCAGAUAUUUGGACUUGUAUCUAACCUAGGAAAGGUAACCAUGGUGUCAUUGGGCGGCCCACCUAAAAAAAGAAAAUUGCGCCCAGGUGAAGAGUACUGGAUUCCACAGUUCUGUAAACAGAAAGGAAAUGAAUUCUUUUGUGAGGUUGAUGAUGACUUCAUUAGUGACGAAUUUAAUCUACAGGGACUCAGACAACGAGUUCGUCACUUCCAGCGUGCUUUAGACAUCAUUUUGGACUUAGAUGUUAUACGCCUUCCAAUGACUGAUGAUUCAGAACUCUCAGACAAUUCUGAAGAAGAGGAAAUUCUUGAGGAAGCUGCUGAGAGGUUGUAUGGUUUAAUCCAUGCAAGGUACAUUUUGACAAGAAAUGGAAUAGAUAAAAUGAUAGACAAAUGGCAGGACGGAGUUUUUGGCAGCUGUCCACGAGUCUACUGCAAGAAACAAUUUGUGCUUCCAAUAGGAAUUACCGAGAGCACUGAAAAGGAAAUAGUAAGAAUUUACUGUCCAAAAUGUGAAGAUGUUUACCGCAUAAGAUCCAGCCGCCACCGGUUUACAGAUGGCGCUUUUUUUGGAACGAGCUUCCCACAAAUGUUGUUAAUGUUUUACCCUGAGUACAGACCUAAACGUCCAUUCAAUCGGUUGGUACCAAGGUCAAAUGGUUUGAAGAUUCAUCCUUCAGCACAUAAUGGACAGGAUGAAGAAGCUGCAGAUUUAGAAAAGAAAAAGAGAAAUUCCCAUGGUAGUGAAAAACGCAGAAGAGAUAGUUACGCCGAAUUAAGUUCAAUUGAAAAGAAAGUUCUGAAGAAGUUUAGAAUGGAAAGGGCAAAAGAGGAAGUUCCAUAAAAGUGGAAAAAACAAAAGAGGAAUUCCAUAGAAGUUGAUAAAAGUGAACAUUGAUCAAUGGUUCAGUUAGGAUGAAAAAAACAAUGCAACAUUAUCUGACAUUCACCAGAUAGAAACAUCAUCAAGUCUUGAUGUAGUUUUCAGGGGCCGAGUCAUACAUUGUUGCAUACUAAUUAUUCCAACUUAAUCGAAGAUUCAGGGACUUAUAGUUUUUGGUCUGUCCAUUUGUUUGUAUGUUUGUCCAUAAAUACAUUAACCUUGGCCAUAACUUUUAAAAGGUUGGUGCUAUGGGUUUCAUAUCUCACAUGUGUAUCCUUUAUGUAAAUAUUUUUUUUCCUCCUGACCUUGACCUUGUAAGUUGACCUAUUUACAAAAAAAAAAAAAUUAGCCUUGGUCAUAACCUCUGAAUGAUUGGUGCAAGGGCUUUAAUAUUUCACUAGUGUAUUCCUUGUUAAAAAAAAAAAUUAAAAUUUAAGUACCAAUAUUUCUGACCUUCAUCUUUGAAUUUGACCUACUUUUGUAAAAUUUUAACCUUGGCCAUAACUUUAAACAGUUGGUGCUAGGGCUUUCAUAUUGCACAUAUAUAAGCCUUGUGACAAGACCUUUCUCUGGGUACCAACAUUUUUUAACCUUGACCUUUGAGCUUGACCUACUUUUGAAACAGCUGCUGUACAGGGUUAGGGCAUCAGUGUUUCACAAACACAUCUUGUUUUUUUUAAGCUAUUUUAUCUUUAUUUGUACAAUAUGAGUAUUAAAAUGAAUAAAUAGUCUUGAUUUUUUUCCCAUGUA